AUGAGUAUUUAUCGCAAUGUUAAAUGUGUUUGUGUUGGUGAUGGAGCGGUGGGCAAGACAUGUUUAUUAAUGAGUUAUACGACAAACGCAUUUCCUGGCGAAUAUAUUCCAACAGUAUUUGAUAAUUAUUCCGCGAACAUUAUGGUUGAAAAUGAACCAGUUAAUCUUGGACUUUGGGAUACGGCUGGUCAAGAAGAUUAUGAUAGACUACGACCCCUGUCGUAUCCACAAACUGAUGUAUUUUUAGUAUGUUUUUCAAUAGUAAAUCCAGCAUCCUUUGAUAAUGUACGUGCAAAAUGGUUCCCAGAAAUAAAACAUUACAAUCCCGAAACGCCUAUUGUCCUCGUUGGAACAAAAUUAGAUUUAAGAGAAGAUCGAAAUACAAUUGAAAAACUAUCAUCACGUCGAAUGGUACCAAUACCUACUCAAAAAGGUUGCAUAAUGGCACAAGAAAUACACGCUGUUUCAUAUAUUGAAUGUAGUGCAUUAACACAAAAAAAUCUUUCUCGUGUAUUCGACGUGGCGAUUCGUGCAGGCUUAGAAUCCAGUAUUGUUAACUAUACAAAUAAAGAUCUCAAACACAAAUUAGAAAAUGCUAAUUUAGAUAGAGUGCAUCAGAUUUUGUUGAAUGCCGACAAGAAUCCAACAGGUUCCGACAAGAAGGCUGCAACGAUGUCUGCCAGUGCUCUGGAUUCGUUAUGUUCUAAUACAAUUUCUUCUCCUAUUGAAACAUAUAUUUGUCAACAAGAUGUCUUAACAACAACAGCGAACACAUACACGCUCCGAAAAAAUAUUAUUUCAGAGAAAAACAAGCAUAGCAAUGAAAUUGUACCCUUGUUAAGCACAAACACAGAUAAUGUUGACGAACAUUCAAAUUGUUCAGAACACAGUGUCGAAAUUCCGGAGCCGUCAGCUUCUUUAUGUGUAAAUCGUAGCAAAGAAAUACCAGAGCAGCCGCAUUUGUAUACGAAUAAACAAAACUCAACAACAAAUGAUAAUCACGACAAAAAUGACGAUUUCUCGGAUGCUGCAUCAUCUAGUAGCAGUAGUAGUAGUAGUAGCAGUAGCAGCAGUAGUAGUAGUGCUACGACACUGGAUAAUGAGGAAGAGGAUGAAUUAGAAAAAAUUUCAUUCGAAUGGAUUCAAGAACAGAUUCGUGCUGGUGCAGAUCCGAAAACAUUAUUGAUGAAAUUGAUGCCUGGUCUUCCAGAAGAUAUCUCACAGAAUGUUCUUUCCGAUCUUUUAUGCGAACUGUUACUUCCUGUGCAUAAACGACAACGAUUAGAACAGUAUAAAACAUUGAAUGAUGCUGUUAAUUUACUUCGAACAUGUAAAAAUAUAAUCGUAUUGACUGGAGCUGGCAUCAGUGUAUCGUGCGGUAUACCUGAUUUUCGUUCCAGAAAUGGGAUUUAUGCAUGUUUAAAACAACAAUUUCCUGACUUACCUGAUCCACAAGCCAUGUUUGAUAUGGAAUAUUUUAUGUAUGAUCCACGACCAUUUUUUCAGUUUGCCAAAGAAAUUUAUCCAGGUGAAAGAGAAGCAUCUUUAGUUCAUUGGUUUAUUAAACAAUUAGAAACGGAUAAUCAUUUGUUAAGAAAUUAUACGCAAAAUAUCGAUUGUCUUGAACAACUGUGUGGCAUUAACAACUUAAUUCAAUGCCAUGGCUCAUUUGCAACAGCAACGUGUUUAAAAUGUCGUAAAAAAGUAAACAAAUCACAUAUAAGAGAGAGGAUAUUAAAUCAACAAAUUCCAUAUUGUGAAGAAUGCAAUUUAGAAGAUGCUAUUUACAAGCCGGAUAUCAUAUUUUUUGGAGAACCGUUAGGUGAAGAAUUUCAUACUAAAAUUUCUAAUGAUAGAGAAAAAUGUGAUUUAUUAAUUGUUAUUGGCUCAAGUUUAAAAGUUAAGCCAGUUUCACUUGUCACUGAAAUGUUACCAUAUCAUGUUCCACAGAUAUUAAUCAAUCGUGAAAGUUUACCACAUAAAAAUUUUGAUAUUGAACUACUUGGUAACUGUGAUGCGAUAAUAAAUGAAUUAUGUAUCAGAUUAAGUCAAUUUGAUGAAUCUUAUAGUCAAAUAAAAAAAUUGCAAAAAACAAAUUUAUUGAAUGAAGUUUUGUAUCAGGACUAUGUUAAAACAUUAAAACCAAAUAAACGAAAAAAACAAAGAACAUCGUCACCAUGUUCGACCGUUGAAAUACCAGUCGUUAUUCAUCAAGAGAAUGAUUUAACAGUUCCCUCGCCUCCUUUGUCAGUCACAAAUGAGCAAAAAGAUGCCGACUUAUCAAAUGUAGAAAUAACACCUGAAACAGAUAUAGUCGAGUCUUUAACAGCAUCGGAUGAAAAUGAUACACGAACCCGAUUAAAAUCUCUGCGUCAACGUCCAACAAAACGCACUGUUCUAGUCAAAACUGAACCAUGUACAUCAAAUACAAAUAAUUUACGAAAACGAACAAUUUCAGCAGUGAAACGUUUUUGGUCAGCACCGCCUAACUCGUAUGUUUAUUGUCCACCCAAUCGGUAUGUAUUUGAAGGUGCCGAUAUUCUAUUGUCGGAUGACGAACAAGAACAGAAUCAAGAUGAAAAUCAGAAUGUAUGA